AGCUCCACAGGCCGACCAAGAAAGGGAUCACAAUCCGACCCAGCAAGGGAUCACAAACGCAAAGCCACGCGAUUCGAUCUCUCUGGUCCACCGUUCUUCUUCGUCUCCUUCUUCUACUUCUGAAAUCUUCCCGAGCAAUCGCCGAACACGAACAUGAGACUGGUAGUCCCAUUGCAAGGUAUAGUCCAAGGUCGAGGAGGCUUGAUCAUAGGCUCUCUCAUCCCCUGCGCUCUCAUCUACUUCCUCCGGCUCCAUCUCAAGCGCCACCGCUCGCCCUCCGACCGUGCCGAUCUCCCCCGCUCCGGUUCGCGCCCUUAUCGCUCCACACGCGGAUCCCUGGCCCCCGCGCGGGUUUCCAGUAGAGCCGAAUCGAUUGCGAGGCCGGAUAAAUCGCCGUACUAUGUGGGAUUAGAUAGAGUUUCGCGCGAUCCUUUUGACGAAGUUGAUAACCCGGUCGGGAUUAUCCAGCUAGGAUUGGCCGAGAACAGGUUGUGCUUGGAUUUGAUCGAGGAAUGGCUGUGUGAGAAUCUGAAUGGUGCAAUGAUUGGACAUGGAGGUGACAAGGAUCAUUUGGGCAUUGGUGGGAUCGUGGAAUACCAGCCUCUUGAUGGCCUGAUGGAAUUGAAAGGGGCAAUGGCGAGCUUCAUGACGCAGGUUCUGGGACGAGGUAUCUCAUUUGAUCCAUCACGAAUUGUACUAACAGCUGGUGCAACUCCCGCUGUAGAGAUUUUGUGCUUUUGCUUGGCUGAUCCUGGAAAUGCAUUUAUUGUUCCCGCACCCUAUUAUCCCGGUUUCGACAGGGAUAUGACCUGGCGAACUGGAGUUGAGCUGAUUCCAGCUCAUUGUCGCAGCGCCGACAAUUUCAUUCCAAGCAUCAGUGCUCUUGAUCAAGCUUUCAAUCAAGCCAGAAAAAGGGGGAAGAGAGUUCGGGGAAUCCUUAUCUCUAACCCAUCAAACCCCAUGGGCAAGUUGCUGCCACGGGAAACGAUCCAUAAUCUUUUGCACUUUGCCCAAGAAAAGAAUAUCCACAUAAUAUCUGAUGAGAUAUUUGCUGGUUCCAUUCACGGGAAUGAGGAAUUCGUGAGCUUGGCGGAGAUUUUGGAUGCAGGAGAAUUUGACAAGAACAGGGUUCAUAUAGUAUAUGGUCUGUCAAAGGAUCUCUCUCUAGCAGGCUUUAGAGUUGGGGUUAUAUAUUCAUAUAAUGACGAUGUUUUGGCUGCUGCCAAAAAAUUAACCAGAUUUUCUUCUGUCUCUGCACCCACUCAGAGGUUACUAAUUUCUUUGCUUUCAGACACGAGCUUUAUUGAAAGAUAUCUAGAAACAAAUAGAAAGAGGAUAAGGGAGAUGUAUGAUUUAUUUGUGGGUGGCAUAAAAGAACUAGGAGUCAAGUACGUGGAGAGCAGUGGUGGUUUGUAUUGUUGGGUGGAUAUGAGCGGACUCAUUCGCUCUUACAGUGAGAAGGGGGAGCUUGAGUUGUGGGACAAGCUUCUGAAUGUUGCAAAGGUCAAUGCAACACCUGGUUCGGCAUGCCAUUCCAUAGAACCAGGCUGGUUUCGUUGUUGUUUUUCUACAUUAUCCAAAGACAACAUUCCUACUGUAAUAGCAAGGAUACGUAAAGUUGCUGAAAUGCGCUAACCUUCAAGGGGUCAGCUGUACAUAUUGUUUCUCGUAAAUAUGUUGUGAUCAUUGCAAAGGUCAAGGGGAGUUAAAGAAGACAUGCACUGCUAUUUAGAGAUUGAAUGAGAUUUUGUUUAGCUUUCAGGAUAGCUGUCCAAAUAGAAAUUGACUGACGAUUGGUAUAGAAUUUGUUUUCAUCUUUAUGACCUCGGCUUCAAUCUUAGCUGACACCUGCAACUCAAACCUUUGAGCAUUUUGCUGCCUGAUCCAAAGAUGCCGCAUCCAAAAGCACUCUGUCUUGCAAAUUCCUGCAAUAGCAUGACAGAUAUGUAAUUCUCAUUAGUUUUCUUGGGAAGAUUUUCAGAAACAUCUUCACUCUCAGUCCUUUUAGUGUCAACAAGAAAGCCCCAUCAGUUGUACUUCCCACAAUGUUCUUCUUAGGGAUUCUUUGUGUUGCACAAUAGUUGAAUAAAUCUCUACUUUCAUGUUUGUGCAAUAAUAAAAGAAAGAUGCCUUUUGAGUUACCAUUGACAGGUUUUGUUUUCUUAUGUGCGCUGAUUUCCUCCUGCAACUCAUUCUCUGGCUCAUCAGCAUUAACUCUCCAAGAGUUCUGGGUCGUCUUACCAUGAGGAGGCUGCUUUUACUUUCUCUGUCAACAGUUGCACCAUUUUGCUCUGAUGCACUAGAAAGCUGUCUCUCGGAGGGGACAACUUUUUCUAAGAAACCAGAGUUCGGCGGAAGUGGUGGAAAGAGGCAUUCCAAGAAGGAAGCACCCACAAGGCUUGAAGUUCCGGACAGAGAACUGCUCGUGCUGCUUUUGUAGUCUGAAGCUGGUGAUGAAAGAAAGGAUGGAAUCUCUGGACCAGCAUUGUCCCUCAAAGAGAUCAUUUGCACAGGAGUGUCUGGAGAAAUCGUUGCAGAUGACAAAAAGCAAUUUGCCAGAACAGAGGGUGGGGAACUGAACGAAUUAUCAUCCGUCUCAGUGAGAAAUGGUUCGACAUCCAAUUCAUAUGUUUCGUCAUUCGAGCCACCAUUGCCAUCAUCGUCGCUAAAUUCUCUGUAGGAACCAGCAGCUUCCAGGCAAUGGGAGGGUGGUAGAGGCAAUGAUGCGCCAAUGAGGUCUGUGUUUGUGGUCAGUGUUUUGGAUUCUGUUGGUGGCUGUGAGAUAGAGGUUUGUGGUUUUCCCCGUUUCUCCUCCCAUGUGAAGGGAAUUGAAGCAACUAGCUUGGCUGGUGGUGGAACUGGCCUAGACGAAGAAGCUUUGUCCUUCCAGUCCUUUUUGGGCAUUCCGGGCCUCUCUUCCCAAAGAAACGGUACUGAAGGCGGUUGCUUGACAUGCUUCUUUUUGGGAUCUUCCCCCUCUUUUUCAGCCAUAUUAGGUGGAGAAGAAGUGGCAGAUGGAUCAUGUACAAUCACAUCUGCAGUUACUGGUUAUAUAUGUGCAUGGGAGUUCUAUGUCCUGCCUGAA